AUGGGACUGCUGCGAAUUCACAUAAGAGGAAGGAACCCGCAGCGGACUCCUGCGGGUUCGCAUAAAGAAGAAUCUUCUUAUCUUCUUCUCCACCCCCUUCAUCCGCAGCGCCUUUCUUCCUCCUCUCCCAGAACCAUCGCCGCUCCACCCCCAACCCCCCCCCCCCACUCCCCAUCGCCGCCCCGCCACGCCCCGCUCGCCGACCGCCACAAAACCCACAUUUCCAAGGUGGAUUCGCACCGGACUAGCGCGGAUUCGGUCGAGAGUCACGCGGAAGCGCACCAGAGUAGAGACGCCGAACAGAACCAGAUCUGUUUUUCUGGUUUUGAUGUCGGACUCCGACGAAGAACAGGCGGUCGCCGGAGGAAGAGGCCGUGGAAGAGGACAGCAAGCACGCGGGCGGUACCGAGCAUUCAGCAGUUGGUCCCUAUGACUGGUUGUAUAGAUGCAUCUUUGAUCACCGCUCUAGUAGAGCGUUGGCGUCCUGAGACAUCGACCUUUCACAUGCCGGUCGGUGAGGUUACGAUCACUCUUGAGGACGUUGCCACACUGAGCGGUUUACCGAUCGACGGUGAGGCCGUCAUAGUAGAUGUACCAGAUCGUGAGUGGUCGGAGACGUGUACCAGACUGUUAGGACAUGCUCCUAACGAUCUUAGCGGGGGUGUCGUUAAGCUUAGUUGGCUUAGGGAGCAUUUCAACAAUCUGCCGCCAAAUGCAUCAGUAGAGAUUACAGGGCAGUUUGCACGAGCGUAUGCCCUAUCUUUGAUUGGGUUUAUGUUGUUCCCCGAUCGGACUGGAGCUACAGUUCACCUGCAGUAUCUACUCCUAUUGGAGAAUUGGCGGACCGCAGGAGGCUACGCUUGGGGAGCAGCUGUUCUAGCCUACCUUUACCGUGAGAUGGGUAGGUCGGUUCUGCAUCUGACGCGAUCCUCUUCCACCAGAGGUGACCUUGGUGGCUGGGUCGCCUUGUUGCAGCUCUGGGCGUGGGAGCGAUUCCCAUUGAUAGCACCCCGACAUACA